AUGUCCAACGACACACCAUCAUCUAACCCCCAUCCCCAGGCCAUGCGAGCCUGGGUAUACACCUCGACGCGCGGCGGCAUCGAGAAGAACCUCCAACUAACCAACGACGCACCUCUACCCUUCCACCCCCCUCUCCCCAACGACGCCAUCCUAGUCAAAGUACACUACAGCUCCCUCAACCCAGCCGACUACAAAUUCCCCGAGCUAGGCCUAGCCAUGCGCGCACUAGUCCCCACCCCCGCCUCCCCCGGGAUGGACUUCUCCGGCGUCGUCGCGCAGCUCGGCGACGCCGUCAACAGCAACUUCCGCAUCGGCGAUAAAGUCUUCGGCCGCAUCGCGCCCAACAGACACGGCACGCUAGGAGAGUACGUCAGCGCGCGCCUAGACGGAUGCGCAGCCGUGCCCGCGGGCCUCUCCCUCAAGGACGCGAGCUGCAUCGGGACAGCGGCGCAGACAGCGUACCAGUGCAUCGCGCCCAACGUCAAGCCCGGCGACAAGAUAUUCGUGAACGGCGGCAGCGGCGGCACCGGCACCUUCGGGAUCCAGAUCGCCAAGGCCCUGGGCUGCCACGUGACAGCCACCUGUUCCGCCAAGAACGCCGAGCUGUGCCGCAGCCUCGGGGCCGACGAGAUCAUCGACUACACGACCGAGAACGUCAGCCAGGUGCUCAAGGCUAAAGGUCAGGUCUACCAGCUAGUCGUCGACAACGUCGGCACGCCGACCGAUCUGCACAGAGUCGCCGAUCACUUCUUGCUCCCCGACGGGAAAUUCGUGCAGAUCGGCGGCGAGUUUUCCGUCGCGAACGUCACCACCGUUCUGUCGAGACAAUUCCUACCUUCCUUCCUAGGCGGCGGCAAGAGAAAGUGGCAGUAUCUUAUUACGAACAAUACCCACGCCGACCUUGAGCAGAUCGCCAAGUGGAUGAGUGAAGGGAAGGUCAAGGCUGUUAUCGACGAAGUAUUCCAGUACGAAGACGUGCCUAAGGCUUUCGAGAAGCUGAGAAAGGGACGCACUAAGGGCAAGAUUGUAAUCGAAUCCUCUACGUAA